AUGUCAACACAUGCAAAUCACCCAUUUCACUUAGUAGAUUAUAGCCCAUGACCUUUAACUGGAGCAAUUGGAGCAAUAACUACUGUUUCAGGUUUAGUACAAUGAUUUCAUCAAUAUACUAUAACAUUAUUUAUUUUAGGUAAUGUUAUUACUAUUUUAACUAUGUAUCAAUGAUGACGAGAUAUUUCUCGAGAAGGAACUUUUCAAGGACUUCAUACUUUUCCAGUAACUAUUGGAUUACGAUGAGGAAUGAUUUUAUUUAUUGUAUCUGAAGUAUUUUUUUUUAUUUCUUUUUUCUGAGCAUUUUUCCAUAGUAGUUUAUCUCCUACAAUUGAAUUAGGAAUAACAUGACCUCCUGUAGGAAUUGCCGCAUUUAAUCCCUUCCAAAUUCCUCUUUUAAAUACUGCUAUUUUAUUAGCUUCUGGAGUAACUGUCACUUGAGCUCAUCAUGCUUUAAUAGAAAGUAAUCAUUCACAAGCCACACAAGGAUUAUUUUUUACAAUUGUAUUAGGAGUAUAUUUUACUAUUUUACAAGCUUAUGAAUAUAUUGAAGCUCCUUUUACUAUUGCAGAUGCUGUUUAUGGGUCAACUUUUUAUAUAGCAACAGGAUUCCACGGAUUACAUGUACUAAUUGGAACAACUUUUUUAUUAAUUUGCUUUUUACGUCAUAUUAAUUAUCAUUUUUCUAAAAAUCAUCAUUUUGGUUUUGAAGCUGCAGCUUGAUACUGACACUUUGUAGAUGUUGUAUGAUUAUUUUUAUAUAUUACAAUUUAUUGAUGAGGUAGAU